AUGGGGAAGAAGCUGAAGCCUAAACUGCAAGUGCGGGACAACAUCGUGGACUUUCUCCAUCGCACGGCGCGGUUUCUGAAGCAAUACGAUCCGGCUAUUCAUGCUCUACAGGUGCAACCUCGCAUGGACAAAUUAGACGAGAAAUGGGAGGAAUUCGAGGACGUCAAGAUGCAAAUAGAGGAAAUGGAGGAACAUGAGGAGAACGCGGAUCAACACAAGCAGACUCGGUCAGAGUUCGAGGAGUUGUACUUCCAGAAGAAACGGCACGUCAACGCUCUUCUACAGUUUCCGAAGAUGAAGAAAAUUUCUGCAAGUGGGAUCCAUGAUGUUAUCGAUACUUUCGACCGGCACACAAAAAUCUUGGAUCAAUUAGGGGAAGUGACUGCAGGCUGGGGAGCGAUGCUGACACAGCUAUUAGUAUCGAAGCUAGACGACGUUACGCAGAAAGACUGGGAAGAGUACGCUUUGAAAAAGGAGGAUCCUGUAUUUUUGCACGUGAUGGAGUUUCUGGAAGGCCAAACCCGCAUUUUGGAUGCAAUAGCGGUUGAUCAACGUCCCGAUGGCCAACGUAUUCUACUUUCCAGUCCACUCGCCCCGUUCAAGAAGCCAGCUCAUAAGUUAUCGGUUCACGUAUCAUCGGAGACUUCGUCGUCGAAGUGCGUGUCCUGUGGCGGUACGCAUUAUAUCACCAACUGCCCUUCUUUUGCGAAGCUGACUCUGGAUAAGCGGUUCCAGGUCGUAAAUUCCAAGAAGCUGUGCAGCAAUUGUCUUCGGCGUGACCAUUACAGUAGAGAUUGCACAUCUACUUUCCGCUGUCGUACGUGUAGCAAAAAACACCAUACUUUGCUCCAUCCGGGAUUAGCGGCAACUAGUACUGGGUCAGUGGUCAGAGAUCAAGUCCUUGAACAAUCGCAAACGGGCGGUUCCAGCAUUUCUACGGCAGUUGCAGUUGGGACUCCACAACAAUCCCUUCAAAGUUCUGUAACUUCAAUCUACGCAGCUAAUGUUGCAUCAGAGCUACGCGACGUACAUGUGUUUCUGUCGACAGUUCUAGUGUCGGUGAAAGAUUGUAACGGGCGUUUGCACACGGCGAGAGCACUUCUUGAUAGCGGAUCGCAGGCGAAUCUUAUCUCAGAAAGGCUGUGUCAGGUCUUGAAGCUACCAAGGAAAGGCACUAGCGUGCCAAUAUCAGGAGUCGGUAGCGCGCGGAUUCAGACAAACAGUUCUGUGUCUGCAACUAUUAUUUCGCGUAUAACGGACUAUGUGGUUCCGAUGAGUUUCUUGGUGCUGAAGAAGGUGACGGAUGAUCAGCCAUCGACGACUAUUCCGAUCGGUAGUUGGAAUCUCCCCUCUGAUAUGGUCCUGGCGGACCCUGGUUUCAACAAACAGGCUCCAAUAGACAUUCUACUGGGUUUGGAGUAUUUCUACGAGUUCCUGUUAUUGAAUGGAGGUCGGAUCCAAAUUCAGCGGAUAGGUGAGGGUCUACCGCUCUUCGUUAAUACCGUAUUUGGGUGGAUAGCAGCUGGCAAGGCGGAUUUGGGCAGUCUGAACCCAGUUCCAUGCUGCCACGUGUCGGUUGACCCGACUCUAGGUGAGAAGAUCGAACGGUUCUGGAAAAUUGAAGAGAUGCCAGAUGUACCACGGUGGACCAAAGAAGAGCAGGAUUGCGAGGAGCACUUUGAAGCUACUUUCUCUAGAGAUACCACGGGGAGGUACGUUGUGCGUCUGCCAAAACGAAUGGGAUUUGAGCGGAUGGUCGGUGAAUCAAAGGAUAUGGCUGUGCGAAGACUGGUGCAACUAGAACGGCGGUUGGACAAGAACGAGGAAUUGCGCAGGAGUUACAACGAGGCGAUGCAGACGUAUUUAGACCAGAAACAUAUGGUGAUGGUACCGGAGGAGGACCUAAAGCGUGAUAAACGGCUCUCUUGUUACCUGCCUCAUCAUCCGGUAAUCAAAGAGUCGAGUGCGACCACGAAAGUUCGGCCAGUUUUCGACGGUUCGGCUAAAACAACAUCCAACUACUCUCUGAAUGAUGCUUUGAUGACGGGUCCAGUGAUUCAGGAUCCGUUAUUCGAUCUGGUUCUGCGAUUCCGGAAGUACUUUAUCGCUUUAGUUGGUGACAUUGAGAAGAUGUACCUGCAGGUGAAGGUACAUUUUGAUGACGCUGCUCUUCUGCGGAUUUUGUGGAGAUUUUCGUCAAACGAGCCCAUAGCAACUUACGAGAUGUCCAGGGUCACGUUUGGUUUGGCGCCAUCAUCGUUUCUUGCAACGAGGUGUUUGCAGCAGCUAGCGCACGACGAAGGUAGUCAGUUUCCACGAGCGAAAGCGGCGCUUUUGAAUGAUUUCUACAUUGAUGAUUUUAUUGGAGGGGCAGACUCAGAAAGCGAAGCUAUAUUGUUGCGGCAAGAGUUAGAGCAGUUGAUGUCUAAAGGUGGUUUUAGACUACGAAAAUGGGUCAGCAACGCCAAGAGUGUGUUGGCGGGUCUAGCCGCAGAUGAAUUGGGAACUCAAUCCUCACUGAAUUUCGACCAGGAACUGGUGAAAACCCUAGGAAUUAACUGGCAACCAGGGCCAGAUUUGUUGGGUGUAGACGUAUCGGGUCUCGCUGUAAACGGACAGUGGACAAGGCGCAAGGUUUACUCCGUCAUUGCUCAACUAUGGGAUCCUUGCGGUUUCACGGCUCCAGUCAUCUCGUGGGCAAAGAUUCACAUGCAGCUAUUGUGGGUAGCCUCUCAAGGUUGGGACGAUCCAUUGUCGCAGGACUUAGCUAGUCGCUGGACGGAUUUUUAUCAGAAGCUGCCCAAACUCUCGGAUAUCAAAGUGGACCGGCACGCAUUCACUAAUCAUCCAAUUCUGAUCCAAUUUCACGUCUUCUCGGAUGCGUCCGAAUCAGCUUACGGCGCGUGUAUCUACGCUAGAUCCAUCAGCCAACUGGGGCAGAUAAAGGUGGAACUCUUGGCGGCAAAAUCUCGUCCAGCUAGUUUGAAGAAGACUACUCUCGCAAGGUUAGAGUUAUGCGGUGCCUUCAUAGCAGCAAAACUAUAUCGUUCGACCGUCAAGGCACUCGGGAUGAAUGGAACCGAAACUUGGUUCUGGUCAGAUUCGACAGUUGUGCUAUCGUGGCUGAAGCGGCCAUCGUACGUGUGGCCAACAUUUGUUGCGAAUCGUGUUUCGCAUAUUCAGGAGCUAACGAAAGGUCACCGAUGGAACCAUGUCAAGGGCACGGAGAAUCCAGCCGAUCUUGUGUCUCGGGGAGUAAUACCAAAGGAUCUCGUCGAUAUGCAGCACUGGUUCCAUGGGCCACCCUGGUUAUCCUUGCUUGAUCAACAUUGGAAUACCGAACAAAACUUGAAGUACAAGGAACCAUCGGAGGAGUUGCUGGAGAAAAAGAAGAACGUUUUUGUGGCGGUGGGUUGUCCACAUCCUCACCCACUUUUGGAUAAUUACUCAUGCUAUUGGAAACUUUUGCGGAUUACGGCGUACUGCAUAAAAUUCAUCCGUAACUGCCGUAAAUCAUCUACAAAAACUAGGAAUGUCAGCGUGAAGGAGCUGCAGGCGGCCAAGUACGCAUUGGUACGGUGUGUUCAGCGGGAGCCAUUCGCUACGGAGAUCAAAGCCCUCGCCAACCAUCGACCCGUUCCUGCUCACUCACCCUUGAAGCUGCUCCAUCCGUUCCUAGAUCAACAAGGCAUAAUUCGCGUUGGUGGCCGGCUAAAUCUCGCCGAUGAAUCAUACGCCGUCCGACACCCUAUGAUUAUCCUUAGUAACCACUCUUUCUCGCGGCAGCACUACCAGGAACUGCAACAACUAGUACAGCAGCAUUGGAAGCGAUGGAGGCGAGAGUACAUCUCACAGCUGCACAACCAGAAUCAACGAUUCCCUCAAGCAACCCUGCUGAAGGUGGGUCAAAUGGUGGUCCUGAAGGAGGAUGGAUCCGCAGUCAUCGAGUGGCCUCUAGCUCGAAUCAUUGAAGUCUAUCCCGGUCCCGACAGUGUAAUCAGGGUAGUGAAGGUACACACACCGAACGGCGCCAUCUAUAAACGACAGGCGUCACGUAUCUGUUUGCUGCCAUUCGAGAAGGCCUUGACUGGAAAGCCCACCAACACCUGCUAUUCUCAACCGUCAGGUGCAACCCCGAAGGAUGUAAACGCUGCAAGCCCGGAAAGCGCAACGUAG